GCCCUCUCUCCUCUCCUUGCAGGCAGACGACGGGAUUGCACCUCAGGCCAGACCUGCCGGGGCAGCCCUCUGUGCGCGUGCGCAGUAAAGACGCGCACUGGCCGCUACGCGGGGGCCGCCGGCAGGAUGGCGUGCGCUCGGGCGGCCCUCGGUCCCCGCGCGCUCUGGGCUGCGGCAUGGGGACUCCUGCUGCUGGUCGGCGUGCCCGCUGGGGCGCAGCGCGGGCGGAAGAAGGUCGUGCACGUGCUGGAAGGCGAGUCGGGCUCGGUGGUGGUGCAGACCGCACCGGGGCAGGUGGUGAGUCACCGCGGUGGCACCAUCGUCUUGCCCUGCCGUUACCGCUACGAGGCGGCCGCCCACGGCCAUGACGGCGUCCGCCUCAAGUGGACGAAGGUGGUAGACCCUUUGGCCUUCGCGGAUGUCUUCGUGGCCCUGGGUCCCCAGCAACGGGCUUUCGGCAGCUACAGAGGCCGGGCAGAACUGCAGAACGACGGGCCUGGGGACGCUUCCCUGGUCCUCCGAAAUGUCACCCUGCAGGACUACGGGCGCUAUGAAUGCGAGGUCACCAAUGAGCUGGAAGAUGAUGCUGGCAUGGUCAAGCUGGACCUGGAAGGUGUGGUCUUCCCCUAUCAUCCGCGUAGAGGCCGCUAUAAGCUGACCUUUGCAGAGGCGCAGCGCGCAUGCGCCGAGCAGGAUGGUAUUCUAGCUUCUGCCGAGCAACUGCACGCGGCGUGGCGCGAUGGCCUAGACUGGUGCAAUGCUGGCUGGCUCCGAGAUGGCUCCGUGCAAUAUCCAGUGAGCCGGGCCCGGGAGCCCUGUGGUGGUACUGGGAGCCCUGGGGCUGGCGGCGCCACCAAUGGGGGCGUGCGGAACUAUGGAUAUCGCCAUAACGCUGAGGAACGCUAUGAUGCCUUCUGCUUCACGUCCAACCUCCCGGGCCGUGUGUUCUUUCUGAAGCCACUGAGGCCCGUGGCGCUGGCUGGGGCAGCACGCGCUUGCGCUGCUCGGGGCGCAGCGGUGGCCAAGGUCGGGCAGCUGUUCGCCGCUUGGAAGCUGCAGCUGCUGGACCGAUGCACGGCGGGCUGGCUGGCGGACGGCAGCGCCCGCUACCCCAUCGUGAACCCAAGAGAGCGCUGUGGAGGCCCGAGGCCCGGAGUGCGCAGUCUCGGUUUCCCCGACGCCUCCCGUCGGCUCUUCGGGGUCUACUGCUAUCGCGCGCCUGGUGCACCAGACCCGGCUCCUGGCGGCUGGGGCUGGGGCUGGGCAGGCGGGGGCGGCUGGGCUGGAGGUGCACGAGACCCGGCAGCCUGGACUCCACUUCGCGUCUAGGACCUCGGAGGAUGCACAGCUGGGGGUGUUAGCGGCUGAUCUAGGGGUUCUGUGCAUCCCCUGCAAACAGACCAUACACCCUAGGUCUCCUGGACAAGUUACACACCCCUGUGGUGCGCUUUGGGCAGACCUAGUCUCUGUGGUCCUCGGACACUGAUCCCCGCC